GGCAGCUGGCAGCUCGUGUCUUUUUUCCCCAAACAUCCUCGGACGUGGACAGUUUCGCUGAAAAGCACUUCCCUCUCUUGAAAUCAUCAGUUUUAUUUAUUAUUAUUAUUGUUUUUUAAAUCCAUCGACCUGCGAGAAAGGAGGACUCUUUAUCUCCCCAAAUCUUUGUCAGCAAUGGGGACUUGGAGCGGCUCCUGCCCGGGAUGGCACUUCUUAUCUCUGGGUGUGUGGCUGGCGGUCGCCGCCAACACCUUCCAGAGCACAAACGCGGAAAUCCGUUGCGCAUCUUGUCCAUCCCCGGUUCAACUUCACGCCCUUAAAAGCACCCGAAUGGAGUUGAAGGGACUCGAGGUGACAAUGGGAAAUACUGGGAAGGACAGCAGCUGGAGGAAUGUGCCCGACUUUGAGACGCACAUGCCGGGGUCCACGGUGGGAAGUGACCGCGGUGAGGAUAAAGGAGACCCUGAGUUCCGUGCGCACCAGAGACCGAAGAGAGGCGCUUCGGAGUUUUCAGACUUCACUGAGAGUCAACCAAGCCGACAUUCUGCCGCCUCGCUGGAUGAGCUCCGGUCUCCCGGACCCGGACGGUCUGAGUCCAGGAGGAGCAAGGACGACUGGAGAGGAAGUAACCGACAGGACGAGCCCAAGCUGACCGCCGGCACGUUCGCCUUGACCGGAGACUCGGCUCACAACCACGCCGUGGUCUACUGGUCCGGAUUGAACAGCAGCGUUAUCCUGAUUCUAACCAAGCUGUACGACUUCCACAUUGGCAGUGUCACUGAGAGCACUCUGUGGAGGUCUACCGACUAUGGUUCUACAUAUGAGAGGAUGAAUGACAAAGUCGGAUCUAAGACCGUUCUGAGUUACCUUUACGUCUGUCCAACCAACAAAAGAAAGAUUAUGGUCUUGACUGAUCCGGAGUUUGAGAGCAGUGUGCUUAUCAGCACCGACGAGGGAGCCAGUUUCCAGAAGUACCGCCUCACCUUCUACAUCCUCAGCCUUUUGUUCCACCCUACUGAAGAGGACUGGGCCUUGGCCUACAGUCACGACCAGAAGCUGUACAGCUCAUUAGACUUUGGGAGGAAAUGGCAGCUUGUCCAUGAGCGCGUCACCCCAACACGAUUCUACUGGUCUGUGUCGGGUCUAGACAAGGAGCCAGAUCUGGUCCACAUGGAAGCCCAUACCCCAGAUGGAAGUGUGCAGUACGUGACAUGCAGAGUGCAGAUUUGCACAGAAGCCAACAGGAACUAUCCCUUUUCUGGAUACAUCGACAUCAGCUCACUGGUGGUUCAAGAUGACUACAUAUUCAUACAGGUGCCUACAUCCGGACGAGCUACUUAUUAUGUUUCCUACAGGAGGGACGUAUUCAUCCAAAUCAAACUUCCAAAAUAUUCCCUGCCAAAGGAUUUACACAUUGUCAGCACAGAUGAGAAGCAGGUAUUUGCGGCCGUGCAGGAGUGGAACCAGAAUGACACCUAUAACCUCUACCUGUCUGACACUAGCGGGAUCUACUUCACUUUGGCCAUGGAAAAUGUCAAGACCACAAGGGGGUUAGGCGGAAACCAGAUGCUGGAUUUGUAUGAGGUGGCCGGAAUUAGAGGCAUGUUGAUAGCCAACAAACGGCAAGACAACCAAGUAAAGACCUUCAUCACCUACAACAAAGGCAGGGAUUGGAGGCUCCUGCAAGCUCCUGCAACUGACCUGGAUGGAACUGAAAUCCACUGCAUUCUGCCUUUCUGUUCACUCCAUCUUCAACUGCAAAGUUCAGAGAACCCCUACUUGUCGGGCGCAAUCUCCACCAAAAUCUCUGCACCAGGGAUCAUUGUUGCUACAGGGAACAUUGGAGCUGAAUUGUCCUACAACAACGUGGGCAUGUACAUAUCAUCGGAUGCGGGGAAUAGCUGGAGACAGAUUUUUGAAGAGGAGCAUAAUGUUUGGUUUCUGGAUAGAGGAGGAGCCCUUGUUGCUGUUAAACAACCCUCCGUGCCAACCAAACACUUAUGGGUCAGCUUCGACGAAGGGAGGCAAUGGACCCAGCACAGCUUUUCUUCUGUGCCUCUGUUUGUGGACGGCGUUUUGGUGGAAGCCGGGGCAGAGAACCAGAUCAUGACCUUCUUCGGACAUUUCAGCCACCGCUCCGAAUGGCAGCUUAUAAAGAUAGACUACAAGUCCGUCUCCAGUCGGAAAUGUACUGAGGAGGAUUAUCAAACAUGGCAUUUGCACAAUCAGGGAGAGCCAUGUGUUAUGGGACAAAAGCAGAUUUACAUCAAACGCAGACCGGGGAACUACUGCAUGCUGGGUAAAGAUUACUCGGGUCUCCUUUCGGCGGAGUCUUGUAUUUGCCGAGCCCAUGAUUUUGAAUGUGACUACGGGUAUGAGCGCCGAAGCGAUGGGAACUGCAGACCCACCUUUUGGUUCAAUCCUUCUUCCUCCACCAAAAGCUGCCGCCAUAGUCAAAACUAUCUCAACAGCACAGGGUAUCGUAAAGUGGUGUUAAAUAAUUGCACCAAAGGAGUGAAGGAACUGUACACAGCCAGAAAGCAACAAUGCCCAAAGAAAUCCCCCAAGGGACUUUUGCUGACCACCAAAGAUGAUAGACUGGCUGCCAACCUGGGAACUAAUGUCACCUUCCUGGUUCAUCUGGAUGAGGGCGAUUCUAUACAGACCAACAUUCAACUGGACUUUGGCGAUGGCAUCGCUGUGUCCUACUCCAACCUCAGCUGGGCUGAAGAGGGCAUCAAACACGUGUACAAAUCCGCAGGAAUAUUCCGGGUCACUGCCCUGGCUGAAAACUCCCUCGGUUAUGAGACAACAACACUCUAUCUGCACGUCACUUGUCCUGUGGAAAAUGUCCAGCUUCUUGCUCCCUUUGUGGUUGUCAGAAACAAGGAGGUCAACAUCUCAGCAGUCAUCUUACCCACUCACCCACGCACAGUCACCUAUUUCUGGUGGAUUGGCAACAACACCGAGCCAGUGGUCACAUUGGAUGGGAGUGUCGCGUACGCCUUUCGCCAUGAGGGAAUGUACCCUGUCACAGUUCAAGUCGCUGCAGCAAACGUCAUAUUCCAAGAUACAAAAACCAUAGCAGUCAGAGAAUUCUUCAAAUCGAUACUGUUAUCGUUCUCCCCGAAUCUGGACGAGUUCAACCCUGAUUUACCUGAGUGGAGGCAGGAUGCCGGGAGAGUAAUUAGGAAAGCUGUUCUCCAAGUGGCUGAGUUCCCAGAAGAACAGCUUUUGGUAGCUGUGUUACCUGGUGUUCCAACUGCUGCUGAACUAUUCCUGUUACCACACAGGAGCCAGUCACAGGACAAGAAAAGGAGUGAGCAGGAGCUAGAGCGGAUAUCAACCAUAAUUGUAAAUGCUCUGAAUCAAAAUCUGGUGGAGUUUGAGCUGAAGCCUGGCGUAAGAGUGAUAGUGUACAACACACAGCUAACACUGGCUCCAUUGGUGGACGCGAACCCACGACAUAGUAGUUCAGCUUUGCUGAUGCUCUUAUCAGUGGUGUUCCUCGGCCUAGCAGUGUUCCUCAUCUACAAAUUCAAAAGAAAAAUACCUUGGAUUAACAUAUACGCUGAGGUGAACCAAGAGAAAGAACAGGAGAUGAUUAGCUCUGUGGGCCAAGGUGACAACGCAGCAAAAAUUACAUUGAGUGAAUUCUCCUCAUCUAAAGAACUUAUGGACAAAGAGCUGGAUGCAAGAGUCAAAAGUGGAGCCACAAACACCUAUGAGAGCACAAGGGAGAUACCGAACUGUACGAGUGUGUGAAGCAUGCUCAUGUCCGGGGGUCUCUCUUUCAGUUGUGUAGUUCUCAACACAACUCCUGUUAAAAGUUUUUUCUAAGGGGCCCCAUUUUUACAGCUGUGUACUGAUGUUGUGUGACACAAACAUCCAUGCAGCAAACCAACGUAUUCCAUCCAUCCAUCCAUCCAUCCAUUUGUUUCCGCUUAUUCGAGGAGCCUACUAAGAAAAGCCCAAACUUUAUUCUCCCCAGCCACUUCGUCCAGCUCCUCCCGGGGGAUCCCGAGGUGUUCCCAGGCCAGCCGGGAGACAUAGUCUUCCCAACGUGUCCUGGGUCAUCUCCGUGGCCUCCUACCCGUUGGACUUGCCCUAAACACCUAGAGAGGCUUUCUGGUGGCAUCCUGACCAGAUGCCCAAACCACCUCAUCUGGCUCCUGUCAAUGUGGAGGAGCAACGGCUUUACUCUGAGUUCCUCCCGGAUGACAGAGCUUCUCGCCCUAUCGCUAAGGGAGAGCCCCACCACCCUGUGGAGGAAACUUAUUUCUGCCGCCUGUACCCGUGAUCUUGUCCUUUCGGUCAUAACCCAAAGCUCAUGACCAUAGGUGAGGAUGGGAACAUAGAUCGACUGGUAAAUUGAGAGCUUGGCCUUCCGGCUCCGCUCCUUCUUCACCACAACGAAUCGAUACAGCGUCCGCAUUACUGAAGGCGCCGCACCGAUCCGCCUGUCGACCUCCAGAUCCACUCUUCCCUCACUCGUGAAAAAGACUCCUAGGUACUUGAACUCCUAGAGAACCAUGGACUCUGACUUGGAGGUACUGAUUCUCAUCCCAGUCGCUUCACACUCUCCGAAACGAUCCAAUGAGAGCUGAAGGUCCUGGCCAGUUGAAGCCAUCAGGACCACAUCAUCUGCAAAAAGCAGAGACCUAAUCCUGCAGCCACCAAACCGGAUCCCCUCAACGCCUUGACUGCGCCUAGAAAUUCUGUCCAUAAAAGUUAUGAACAGAAUCGGUGACAAAGGGUAGCCUUGGCAGAGUCCAACCCCCACUGGGAACAGGUCCGAUUUACGUAUUCCAUGAGAUUAUUAUAAAUACAGACACAAUUUAGUGUUUUGUGGGUGUAUCAGCUCUGUAACAGUUAUCAGGUUGGCAGACACUUUGCUUUAAAAUUUAUGUUUCUUUUUUAAACAAGGAAUAUUGCUAACAUAUAGAGUGCAGCGCUAUCACGUGUCCGUAAAAGCAAAGAAAGAUCAACGGUCUGGUUCUCAUCAUCCGCUUUACUGUAAAUGGAUCAUUGACUGGUGCACGUUCCAACCGAGCAUUCAAUUUAUGUUUUUGUAAAUACGGAACUACUGUACAUAGUUAUUUUCAUAGUCCGUCCAGAAACCCCACUGAUCUAUUUCAAGACUCUUCAUCUGCAGUGGGUUGACAUGCAUAUCUUAGAACUGUUUCUAUCAUUGACAAUUUGUUAGCAUAUUGCACAUUUUGCAAAACCUCGAUGUUUCUGGAAAUAAAUGUAAAGGAACAAAA